CAGCACGUGGUUAAAUCAAGCUGUCAUGAUCAAAUAAAGCUGCGCCAGUUUUCUUUUGUUUAGGUUUAUUUUGAUUUAAAUCAAAAUGGAAAAUAAAUUGUAAAUGUACUCGAAAUGUAGUCGAAAAAGGGUGUCUGGAAUACAUGUCAUCCACACACAUGUAUUACAUCUUCAAUGAUGACAUGGUACUCCAUAGAUGCGGAAAAUGUAAACCAAAAUACGUUACACCUAUCUAUCUAUCUAUCUAGUGGUUGUGUACGGGAGGAGGAUGGAAGAUGUUGUGUGCUGACCAGCUCAGUACAACCAGGUCAAGUAGCUGAGCAGGUUCAGGAGUGCAGGCAUCGUCUGGUUGAGGUCUGCCAUUACACUUAUGUCACGAUUUUUAAACCUCACAGAGAGGAGGUCUGCGGAGAGACAUUUACUAAAAAAUGUUAUAUUUCAUUCAGAACAUCAGUUAAUACAGAGAAAAUAAAGAAAUGCUAUCGACCAGUAAAAAAGGUGUGUGACGGUACGGGUCCUGAAGAAUGCAAAACUGUACAUGAAACCUCAUGUACAACUAAAUAUGUACAGAAAAAUAAAAAAUUUGUUGGUGACACUGUGUGUACUAAACUACCAAUAGAGCUCUGCGGACCUGGAUGCAGGUUUGAAGAGGGAGAUGAGGAGUGCCAUGAGAAAGAUGUAGUGUCUGAAAAUGAGAUCCCUGAAGAAUCAUGUGAUCUUCAACCACUAAAAACCUGUCAGUAUGUAACCAAAUUGUCUCCAUCCCUAUCUCCUAAGCAUGUCUGUACUAAAGAGCCUGCCAGUGUCUGUCUCCUGUCCUCUAAGUCGGUGUCGACAGAACGACCACUUCUCUCUAAAUGGUGUCUUCUCGACAAUGCAACCAAUGUCGAAGAAUUCAACAGCGAUGUCACAAACCUUCCUGAUAUUAAAAAUGAAUAUGUGGAAAAUGAUGACGUAGAAUUGUUUGAAUACAACAAGAAUAAAAAAUUAGAAAAAUUGCAAUUGGUAAAAAAUUCAAAUACAUUUGCUGAAGUGGAAAUUAACUUGAAAUCGCCUACUCGCAAAAACAAAGUGUCUUCUCUGAAAAUCCCUGUUGCCAACAAUCAGCCUACCCCACCACCUGUCCGUCCAGAGGUCUUCCUAAAUGCGCCAGUUCACCCGUCUGACGUUGAUUCAGAGUUUACAUUAGAUUAUGAUUUCAAUCCUCAACCUAAGGAACAAUUCUCCGAUGAAGUCUUUAAUGCGCCUGUGCAACCCAUCCCCCCGCCAAUAUUCAGAACUGAUCCUCCAAUUGAUAAAAAAGUGCUACAAUCAACGAUCUUAAUCCCGCCUACGCGGCCUCCUACUGCUAGUGCCGGAUUUGCAAAAUUCUUAGAUGCGCCGGAGCGUCCGUUUGAUCUCCCUCAAACACCCAUGGAGCCAGCCUUUGCGACUUUAACAACAAAACGACCAUUGCAAGGAAAUAGAUUGCAGAAGACCUUCGAAGGGAAGACCCCUGACACCCCGGACAAGGUGUCUAAUGUCCUUGACAUUCUGACCUCCAAGGAGGAUGUCCAGGAGGAUGUCAAUGUAAUCCUAGAGUUUAAUUCCCAGAAAGAAUUCAGCAACAAAACGUUGAAUUCGGAAAGAAAUGGGAAAAAAUUAAGUACUUUACAGGGCAUUUUUUCCGAGGAAACCCCAGUCGGAUUUGUAGAAGAGCCUCCAAAAUUUGAGUCUUUGAAAUUAGGAUUGGAGCCUCUAAAGGAAAGUUUGAAGCCUUUAAAGGGAAGUUUGGAGCAAACUGAAAAAGUUUUCGGGUCCACAGAUAGAAGUUUGAAGUCAACCGUUAGGAGUUUAAAGUCAACAGAGAAAAGAUUGGAGUCCACAGAUAGAAGUGUAGAGUCUACAGACAGAAGAUUGGAGACUACAGACAGAAGAUUGGAGUCCACAGAUAGAAGUUUAGAGUCUACAGACAGAAGAUUGAAGUCUACAGAUAGAAGAUUGGAGUCCAUAGAUAGAAGAUUGGAGUCCACAGAUAGAAGAUUGGAGUCAAUAGAUAGAAUUGUAGAAUCUACAGACAGAAGAUUGGAGUCUACAGACAGAAGUUUAGAGUCAACAUAUAGAAGUUUAGAGUCCACAGAUAGAAGUUUAGAGUCCACAGAUAGAAGUUUGAAGACUGCAGACACAAGUUUGGAUUCAAAGAGCAAACAUAUAAAUCCAAAUUUAGCAGAGCCAAGUAAAACAACAGAAAAUAGAAAUGGAAAAUCCUUGAACAUUAAUCAAAAAGAAAUUAAUAAACAAGAAGACCCACCUCCACGAAUAAUACAAGAAAACAAUAAAAUUGAAAACAAUUUGAAAACAAAUCUGGAAAAAAUGAAAAACUGCCUUAAUUGCAAACCAAAACAAUUUGGUAGAAAUUCCAGUCCACAGCCUGGAAAUGCGAGCAGUUCUUUUAAGCAGUCAAGCAACUCAAGAAAAAGUACACAGUCAAGUCACCCACGAGGAAAUAAAAAGUCAAUCAACAUACAGGAAACUACACAGUCAAGCAUCCCAAGAGCAAGUAAACAGUCAAGUAACCCACGAGAAAACGGACAGUCAAGCAACCCAAGAGGAAAUGGACAGUUAAGCAACCCAAGAGAAAAUGAAAAAUCAAGCAACUCAAAAACAACUGGACAGCCAAGCAAUCUGAGAAAAAAUAAAAAACAAAGCAGAGCAAGAGAACAUAAUCAAAGCGAGCAUUUAAGCAGUUUAAGCAGCCAUGAAAAGUUGAGCAACACCAAAAAUCCAAGCCAACCCAAUAAGUCCAAGUCACAAAGGCCUGUUUUGGAAAAAACAACCCAAGCCCUAAGAAAAAACAAAACAAAUACGCAAACAAAUCCCAUCCAAGCAACAAUUAACCCUGUUGAGCCAAGACCGUCCAACCAAAAUGAAAAACCUGGAAUUCAGAAAGAAAUUCGAAAAUCUACAAUUGAGCAUUCUACGGGGGAAAAUUCACCAUCAACUGACCAACCAACAAGUAAAAUAUCCAUAACAACGUCAAGCCGACCUAUUGAACAACCGACAACUUCAAGCCGACCUAUUGAACAACCAACAACUUCAAACCAACCUAUUGAACAACCAACAACUUCAAGCCGACCUAUUAAACAACCAACAACUUCUGUAUCCAGCCGACCAAAAGAACAAAAAACUUCAUCGAGGAGACCAAAACAACAAACAUCUACAUCUAGUCGACUAAAACAACAAAUGUCUACAUCUAGUCGACCAAAACAACAAACAUCUACAUCUAGAAGACCAAAACAACAAACAUCUACGUCAAGUCGACCAAAACAACAAACAUCUACAUCUAGAAGACCAAAACAACAAACAUCUACAUCUAGAAGACCAAAAGUACAAGCAACACUUUUAACGACUAUCCAACUAAAUGAAGAAUCAAGAUCAAUGCCCGAGUUGGAUCAAAGGACAAAGGAACCCUCUCAACUUGAUCGACCUGCCACUAAGACACAACCAAGAUUACCCCUUAGAUUUGGUCAAAAGAUACCUGAAACCAAGGAUAAAAGUCUACUCCUGGUCCAUGAACGAUUGGUGCUACAGGAUGAGGAAGCCUACCCUGAACCAGAAGCUGAACCAACCCAUCCCGCUGAGAACUCUGAUUCUAAACCCAAACCCUCCACUCAUUCUCAUCUGAACAAUCAUAAGACUCAUACAAGACCCAGAGCCCCAAAGAGUUUUAAUCUGAAUGAAAGUAGAAAAAAUGCGUACCUUCCAACUAACUCAGAUGGUCCAACCCAAUCUUUAAACCAGCGAAGAGGAAAAGAAAUAAUUUUGUCUCCUCCUGAUUUGCUUCCUCCUCUCUCAUUACCAGCAUACAAACCUUCAGAACCGUUAACUCCUUCUACUAAACCUCAAACCCUUCAUACCUCUCCUACCCAACCCCCAACCCGUCCUACUUCUCCUACUCAACCCCCAACCCGUCUUACUUCUCCUACUAAACAACCUCCAACUAUUCCUACUUCUCCUACUAAACCCCCAACCCGUCCAACUUCUCCUACUCAACCCCCAACCCGUCCUGCUCCUUCUACUCAACCUCCACUACCUGUCCCUACCACUGCUCUAUUUGAGGAUGAACUCCCAUUCUACUCCCUACCUACUUACUACAAUGACCUCCCCAGCUAUACUCGACCUCCUCCACUUGACCUCGCUGCUCUAACGGAUUACAGUCAGCAGAACUAUGAGAAUUAUCUUCAAGUAGAUUCAUUAUAGGAACAAACUGUUAAAUCCAGAUGUUUUUAUCAAAGGUCGUGACUUUUGUAUUAUUAAUCCAACAAAGCAUUAAUCCGUCUCUUUUGUAUGUUUUAUAUUUCUAAAAGUUAGAUUAUAAAUUGCUCUUAAAUAUCUUUAAGUGCAAUCUUAAUCAAAAAUGCACAUGCUUUUGGAUCCAAAAAUUAUAAAGUUUUAUUUUUGUCUAAUUUAUCUUUUUUUUCCAUGGCAUCUUUUUAAAAGGGCAUUAUAUUUCUCUGUUUAUCAUUUAGUCAAUUUUAGCUUUAACCUGGAAUUAAUUAAAUAGAGAUGUAUUUUGUUUUGCCAUUAUGCUUGUGAUGUUUCCAUUCUCAUGGAAGAUGUCUGAUUGAUUUAUUUAUUUAUUUAUUUAUCUAUUUAUUUUUCUGUACUUGUUUGUCAAUAAAUUCU